AUGGUUUGGGCUGCCGUGGUGUGCGGCCGAUGCCACAAGUCGUGCACUGGACGAUGCUGGGGACCCACGGAAAAUCACUGCCAGACCUUAACGAAGACAGUGUGUGCGGAGCAGUGCGAUGGACGGUGCUACGGGCCCUACGUCAGUGACUGCUGCCACCGGGAAUGCGCUGGAGGCUGCUCCGGGCCCAAAGACACUGAUUGCUUUGCCUGCAUGAACUUCAACGACAGCGGAGCGUGUGUCACCCAGUGCCCGCAGACGUUUGUGUACAAUCCUACCACCUUCCAGCUGGAGCACAACCACAACGCCAAGUACACCUACGGAGCCUUCUGCGUCAAGAAGUGCCCACACAACUUUGUGGUAGAUUCAAGCUCUUGUGUUCGUGCAUGUCCAAGCUCCAAGAUGGAGGUUGAAGAAAAUGGUAUAAAGAUGUGCAAGCCCUGCACUGACAUUUGUCCAAAAGCUUGUGAUGGCAUUGGAACAGGGAGUUUGGUGGCAGCCCAGACAGUGGAUUCCAGCAACAUUGACAAGUUCAUAAACUGUACCAAGAUCAAUGGCAACCUUAUCUUUCUUGUUACUGGGAUUCAUGGGGACCCGUAUCACACAAUUGCUGCCAUCAAUCCAGAGAAAUUAAAUAUCUUCCAAACAGUGAGAGAGAUAACAG